AUGAACUUUGACGAAAUCGAAGAGCAGGACGGUAUCCGCUUCUCUUGGAACGCUUGGCCAUCAUCGCGUAUCGAGGCCACCAAAGCCGUGGUGCCUAUUGCGUGCUUGUAUACUCCUUUGAAAGAGCGUGAAGAUUUCGAGCAAAGCCCUAUUUGGUACGAACCGGUCACUUGUAAAGCACCAUGUAGAGCCAUCCUCAAUCCUUACUGUCAAAUCGAUGUUCGUGGCAAACUUUGGAUUUGUCCUUUCUGCUUACAGCGCAAUGCUCUUCCUCCUCACUAUAAAGACAUCUCCAAUACCAAUCUACCUGCCGAGCUUUUGCCAAAGUACACUACGAUUGAAUACAACCUGAACCGCGUUGCUCAGAUACCACCCAUCUUCCUCUAUGUUGUCGACACCUGUCUUGACGAUGAAGACUUGAAGGCUUUGAAGGACUCGCUCGUGGUCAGUCUCAGUCUUUUGCCUCCCUACGCCUGGGUAGGCUUGAUUACGUUUGGUACAAUGACCCAAGUUCACGAGCUCGGUUUCUCGGACUGCCCGAAAUCAUUUGUUUUCCGUGGCACAAAGGAAUACGCUGCCAAACAAAUUCAGGAGAUGCUGGGUUUGGCCGGUUCCACCGUCCGUCCCGGUCAGCCGGCUGCCCGUCCUGGCCAACCUCCCCAGGCUUCCAUGGCUGCCAACAGAUUCUUGUUGCCUGUGCAAGACUGUGAGUUCGUGCUCACUUCCAUCUUGGAAAACUUGCAGCGUGAUCCUUGGCCGGUGGCUAACGAUAAACGUGCUCAGCGAUGUACCGGUGUUGCGAUGAGCGUAGCUAUUGGUUUGUUGGAGACCACUUUCCCUAACACCGGCGCACGUGUCAUGUUGUUCAGUGGUGGCCCUGCUACCGAAGGACCUGGUGUCGUUGUCAGCAACGAGCUUCGUGAACCUAUUCGAUCGCAUCACGAUAUUGAAAAAGAAAGUGCCAAGCAUUACAAAAAAGCAGUCAAGUUUUACGAAGGUCUUUCCAAGCGGGCUGCUGCCAAUGGCCACACCAUUGAUAUCUUUGCUGGCUGUCUCGAUCAGAUUGGUCUUUUGGAAAUGAAGUCCAUGGUCAAUUCCACGGCUGGUUUCAUGAUCCUUUCCGACUCGUUCAAUACGGCCAUCUUUAAGCAAUCUUUCCAACGCGUCUUCCAAAAGGACAGCCAAGGUCACUUGCAAAUGGGAUUCAAUGCUACUUUGGAUGUUCAGACAACACGUGAACUGAAGGUGUGCGGUCUCAUCGGCCAUGCUGUGUCUGCCAAUAAAAAGUCUACGUAUGUGGGCGAAACAGAGAUCGGUUUGGGCAACACUUCUGCUUGGAAGAUGUGUUCCAUGACCCCGAAAACUACCCACGGUAUCUAUUUCGAAGUGGUGAACCAGCCCACAGCUCCGUUCCAGCCUGGUUCCAGAGGUCUCAUUCAGUUCGUCACUCAUUAUCAACAUUCGAGUGGACAAUUCCGUUUACGUGUGACCACAGUGGCCCGCAACUUUGCCGAAGGUCAAAGCCCCGAAAUUGCCAAUUCGUUUGAUCAAGAAACCGCGGCCGUAUUAAUGUCGCGUAUUGCUGUAUUCAAGGGCGAGAUUGACGAUGGACCCGAUGUGUUGCGUUGGUUGGAUCGUAUGCUGAUUCGUCUUUGCCAGCGAUUCGCUGAUUACCGCAAAGACGAUCCUCACAGUUUCCGCCUGUCCGAGAACUUUUCGAUUUACCCUCAAUUCAUGUUCCAUCUGAGAAGAAGUCAAUUCUUGCAAGUCUUUAACAAUUCCCCCGAUGAAACAGCCUUUUAUCGCCAUGUAUUGAACCGCGAGAAUGUGGAUAAUUCGCUGAUCAUGAUCCAGCCUACCUUGACUUCUUACAGUUUCGAUAACCCGCCUCAACCUGUGCUGUUGGAUUCCGUUUCCAUCAAACCGGAUUGCAUGCUGUUGCUUGAUACAUUCUUCCAUCUUCUUAUUUUCCACGGAGAGACGAUUGCGCAGUGGCGUCAAGCCGGUUAUCAAGAUCAGGAAGGAUACGAAAAUUUCAAACAGCUUUUGGAAACACCAGCUUUGGAUGCUCAAGAUCUUUUGAUGGAUCGAUUCCCCGUGCCUCGUUACAUUGUGUGUGAUCAAGGUGGUUCCCAGGCUCGAUUCUUGCUUUCUAAACUGAAUCCGUCCACGACCCACGCAUCCAGCAGUCCUUAUGGCGCACCACAAGGCGCGGCCAUUUUCACCGAUGAUGUGAGUCUGCAAGUGUUUAUGGAACAUCUGAAGAAACUUUCAGUAGCGGGCACUUCCUAA